CCAGCAUACACCGAUAAAACGCGUGACGGAAAAUUAAAACGGAAAAUAAGAAAAAAUAUUUCUGAGAGAAAAUUGUAAUAGAUUAAACAAAUACAAUAUAGUACAAAUAUUAAACGUUAUAAUUUAAACUAAAAACCACCUGUUCCACAAACAAAAAAGGGAAAAGAAAAAAACAAACAGCAAGUGUGUAAUUAAUUUAUUAAAUAAUACUACAAUUAAAUCAGUGACAAAAUAAAUCAAAUAUAUUUUUCAUACAAAAAAUCUAAAUUAAAUAAUUUAAAUAUUAACAACCCCAACCAUUUCUCCGGUUAAAAAAUUAAAACAUAAAAAAUUUGUUAAUAAUAGUUACUACUAAAUUUUUGUUGUUGUGUCUAGCUGUUGAAUCUAGAUAAUCGAGCACACUACAUGCAGUGAUUAAAAUGAUGUUUUCGUAUCGUAAUAAAAAAAUAGUUAAAGAUUAAAAUCAUUUGAGAAGUGGAGAAAAACGAAAUACAACUUGUUGGCGUGUUACACGUUAAAUUUUGUUUAAACAAAAAAAAAACCAACAACAAACUUAAAUCAAGUGUUGAAAAGUUAAACAAAGUAAAUUUAUUAACUCAAUAUGCAAUAUAAAAUAUAUUAAUCCAUAUAACCACAUUACAACAACAUUAAUAAAUAUUGAAAUACAAAUAUAAAAAUAUAACAUUUAAUAUUUUUUGAUCUGAUUGUCUCAUAAUAAAUCAACAAACACGUGCCAUAAUUAAGACACAAAAUCAUAAAACGUGCAACUGCCACAGUAAUUAUAUGAAUGCAUAAACAACAACAAUUAUUAUAAUAAUAACAGUUAGUCAUGCAUUUACACAAAUUAAAAACAUUGACAUAAAAUUAAAAACGGGCUCACGUCUCAACCACAAUCCAAACAAUGGCCAAUCAAAGACUAUUAAAGGAUAAACUAAUGUCAAACACGUCAAGAAGAUGUUGCAGCAAAAACAAUAAAUUAACCUGGAAGGUCAACACAGCCCUAGGGACACGACAACAACAAAUACACAACAAAAGGAAACUGCAAUUUAUAAACAACAAACCAACACUAUAAAAAAGGAGACAAAAAGAGAAAUAAAUCAAAUAACAAAUCAAAUUUUUUAACAAAUCAAACAUUUUAAUUACUUAAACGUAUUUACACAAAACAACUUUUCAAACAAUUUAAUGUUCAGCUUUGUUUGGGCUAAACUUUUUACCAAACAAAUAAAAAGGAAUUUACAUAAAGUUUGUUUUACUAACCCAAACUACAGCAGCAAUAAAGAAAAUACAUAUUUCAAUUAAAAUUCAAAUUAAAAAUGUCAGAAUUUCGUUUUUUCGCUUUUACGGAUUAUGAAUUCUACAAUCGUUCGCUGAACUUCUUCCAGCUGCCUAUAACACCAUUUCAGCCUACCAAAAAGACCACCGCUGAUGAAAUAUCACACGAACUAAAUGUUCCCUACACAGUAUUCGAAAUACUCGUAGCCAUUUGUGCAAUUAUUGGCAAUCUAAUGGUCAUUAUAGUUUUUCAGCGUGAACGCAAACUAAGACGACGUACAAACUAUUACAUCGUUUCUUUGGCUAUAGCUGAUUUUCUUGUGGGUUCGCUGGGAGUACCAUUUGCCAUAUUGGCGUCAAUUGGUUUGCCAACGAAUUUGCAUGCCUGCCUCUUUACGGUUUCAUUGCUAGUUGUUCUCUGUACCAUAUCGAUAUUUUGCCUUGUCGCUGUAUCUGUCGAUCGUUACUGGGCUAUCCUUUACCCCAUGGCAUAUUCAAGAAAUGUACGCACUAAAACAGCUAUUGUUAUAAUCUCAAUGUGUUGGUUUGCUGGCACCGUCGUGGGAUUUUUACCGCUAUUUGGCUGGCAUGCUGCUGUGGACGACAAUCAGGCUUGUCUCUUUGUUGAAGUAAUGGACUAUAAUUAUUUGGUUUUCUUAUAUUUUGCUACCAUUAUAACGCCCGCUCUGUUAAUGUUGGCAUUUUAUGCGCACAUUUACAAAGUCAUUAUAAAACAAGUUCGACAAAUUGUCACAAUGAAUCCUGUGGGAGAUAGUAGUCGUCGAUCGUCAAUAGCACAGAUAACAAAUCCUGGUCGAUCGUGUCAUGGUGGUACAAUGUUAAGAGUAUUAGGUGCUGCUCGAAAACGAGACGUCAAAGCCACUCAAAAUCUAUCUGUUAUUGUGCUAUUUUUUAUGAUCUGUUGGAUACCACUUUACACUAUAAAUUGUAUAAAAGCAUUUUGUCCUUCGUGUUCCAUACACCCCAAGUUGACACUGUUUUGCAUUAUACUAUCACAUCUUAAUUCUGCUGUUAAUCCUGUAUUAUAUGCUUAUCACUUGAAGGACUUUAGAUUGGCAUUAAAAAACCUGAUACUCAAAAUAUUGGGCAUUGAAAUCGAUCAAACUUUAGAAACACAACACCGUUACUCUUUGGCUUCCCAACAUCGUCUACAAUCGAUGGAUGUUGGUAUGAGAAAUCCAAUGCAGACUAGAAUAUAUAUAGAUUCUCCAAUUUGGCUGCGGCAACAACAGCAAUCUCUUAAAUCUGCGCAACAUGUACCUAAAUGUGGUGUUGUAACACCUUGUCUAAAUAACAUACAUCAAACUGUAGCUGCCGUUGCUUCUGUUACUACCGACAUUGAGAGAGAAAUGUGGAAUAUAAUGGAAGCUUCUAGUGGAGCCGAAUUAGGGGAAAUUAAUUACAUAUUUCCUGAUGAGAAAGACUCUGCUGUUCCGACUCCUCCACCAAGACAUCAUCGUAAAUCGCAGAAUAAGAAGGAGAGCUGUGAAAGCCCCUUUUCCUAUGAUAAUUGUUCUUAUACUCCAAGUCUCGGUGACAAUGAUUUUGAAGAGGUCUUCCUACCUAGUCGUCACCAAGAAGGUGGCGUGGACCACAAUGCACUUAAUCAAUCAUUAAUAGCUUGUACAAUGCGCGAUAAAUUACGGUCUGAUAUUGACGAUCGACCCCCCAGUACGCCAAAUUCGCAGAGCGAUUACGAAAUACCAAAGAAUGAGGACUCAAAAACCCAUACACUAAUUCAUAAUACUAAGUCAAAAACCAAAACCCCACCUUUAACGCCAAAACGUAACCAACAAAUUAAACCUAAAGAAAUGCAAAAACAUCUGCACAUGUCCAACUCAAAUGGUUGUUUAAGUAAUUCUUCCAUUUUUGUUAUAGAAACAGACACGAACCCAAUGUCGCCAGGUCACAAACCAAAAUUUAGAAAAUCUGCAGAAGAAACAAAGACUGCAAACUUAAAUUCAAAAAUGUUAAGGCGUUCCUGUUCAUGUACCAGUGACACGUCGGCAUCAACGUCUCCUCAAAGAGGCUUAAAACUUUCAAGACAUUCCACAGUCACAAAUAGCAGCACAUCAUCUAGUCCCCACUUAACAGCUUCCAAUCAAAAUAUAUCACUUACUUCUGAACAACUUCCAAACUCUUACAACAAUAACAAUCUAAACUAUUACACGUUUCAUCAUCCAUCGUCUCAUUAUCAUAGAAAUCAACAUCAUCACGAAAAAUUCAGUCCGCUUAGAGCGAUGAGUAAUUUAAUAUUCCCUCCAAUUGUCAAACAUUCCAGCCUCUUUCAAUUAUUCCAUCCUACAACUUCAGAAACAACGCAAACAUCGAACAUUACCAAACAUCAAACGACUGACAAUCACAAAAACAAUAUAACAAGUACGCAGGAAGCAAAUGCAGUUAGUGAGUCUGAAACAACUUUAAAUACGGAAAUAAUUGAUACACCGUCAGUCCAAGUGUAAGGAGUACAAAUAAAGUCCGAUAGUUGAGUAAUUUCCGUAUAAGUUUUAAUAUAAUACUCAAAGCUCUUUACCAAUGAAAAUUAAAAAAAACCCAAAUCACACAAAAUAUUUUUAACGCUUUGGGUUUUCACCACAGAACAAAUGAAAAAUGGUUUCAAUAAAGUUUAUAUCUUCUUAAUUUUCUCAAUGAAGGGGAUAAGCAAAAGACGUAUUAAACUCUAUGUAAAUUAUAGUAAUAAUUAACUAUCAAUGUAUAAAUUUAUAGUAAAUAUUAUUUUUAGUUUUAAAAAGUUUGUAUGUAUAUAGAAAUAAAAGUAUUUAGCUUUUAUGCGUAUUUGUAUGUAGUAUUUAUUUUUCUAUGUAAUACGGAACUAAGUUUUUUUAGAUAUGAAAUGUAUUUUGAAAUUUCUGUUAAGAAUGAGUGUAUACUAUAAUUAAUUGUUGAUUUAACAGUGCAAAUUUUUAAU